AUGGGCAAGAUUAUCUUCUAUGAGAACAAGAACUUCUUGGGGUGCCACUACGAGUGUUGCGACGACUGUGCGGACCUGCUGCGUCUCCUCAAACACUGCAACUCCAUCAAGGUGGAGAGCGGCUGCUUCAUGAUCUACGAAAAGUCCAACUACAGUGGAAACCAGUACUGCCUGAGCAGAGGAGAGUACCCUGACUGUCACCUCUGGAUGGGGACCGACUUCUGCGUCUGCUCCUGUCGCUUCAUCCCCACGAAGCCUGGGACGUUCAACAUGCGCCUGUAUGAGCGGAUUGAAUUUGGAGGUCAGAUGAUGCCCCUGAUGGACGACUGUCCCAGCGUCAUGGACCGCUUUCACACGAACAACAUCUUCUCCUGCACCGUGACCGAUGGCAACUGGCUCUUCUACGAGCACCCAAACUAUCGCGGCAGGAUGUACCUGAUAACGCCUGGAGAGUACACGAGGUUCAGUGAGUGGGGCGGCAGGAACGCCCGGGUCGGCUCCAUCAGACGCAUCCUGGACUCUUGAUCUGCUCUGUAAGAUCCCAGAGCUGCAUGGAGGCUUUGGAUAGCCUUCUCAGAUGCUCAGAUGAUGACUUAAAGACUACAAAAAAUACUGUACGUGAUGCUCAGUUUGAGUAUACUUGGUCAUUUUUCUUCAAGGAUUAAACAAAAUCCUUAAAAGCUUUUCAAUAGUAAUCAGAAUUCGAAUGGUUUAUUCCGGACCUUUUGGAGCUAUUGUUGAUCAAAAACUUACCACUCUAAUAAAGCAACUGCAAAAUGGAGUCUCCACAGACAUUAAAAACACAGCAAAAAUGUGCAUACUGUAACCGUCAAGGUUAUUGUACAACUGCAUGAUUAUAUCUGAUCUAUGACGAGUAAAUGAUAUGUGUAAACACAACGUUUUUAAAAGUAAAAACAUCUUCUACCUCACAAUUCAUGUUGGCUCAUGUCCGUUCCAGAUAAAAAAA